CACUUUGCCAGCUUCGUUAUUGCUCUCCCACCAAACACCACCACUACUGCAUAUCCUCACCAACCCAUGACACCUCUCCCACCAUCCACAGCCCGACCCACCCUCUCGUGCCUCUGCCUCUGUCUGGAACCUUAGUUGCUUAUCGGCCAGGUCCCAGAUCCCUCAUAGAAGCUCUCAUAUCUUUUGGGCUUUGGGUUCGACCCGGAGUAGCUCUUUUUGUGUUUUCGUCCUGUGAUCCGGUGUCAACGCCGAAGCUCAACACAUCCUCUUGCUUUUUGUUGUAUUGUCCCGAGGCUUGCUGUUAUAUAUCCUCUCUCUCUUACCAGGCUCCUUCAACACCAACCUGUUCCUUGUCUUUCUCCCAUCACCUCCCCCAAUCCCCCGCUCCUGGAGCUACCUGCCUGACGCUGCCCUUGCUCGCAGCCGGGCCCCCCAACCAUUUCAUUCACCAUGGCCUCAGCCACAGCUGGUACAGCGACUCCUGAUCAUGAGGACGGUCAGGGUCAUCAUGAACAUUCAGUCCAUCAGCGCCUGAGAGCGAAUUCGAGCAUCAUGCAGCUCAAGAAGAUUCUCGUUGCCAACCGAGGUGAAAUUCCCAUUCGAAUCUUCAGAACUGCCCACGAGCUUUCCCUUCAAACAGUUGCCGUCUUCAGCUACGAAGACAGACUGGGUAUGCACAGACAAAAGGCGGACGAAGCUUACAUGAUCGGUCAAAGAGGCCAAUAUACCCCCGUCGGUGCCUAUCUGGCUGGCGAUGAGAUCAUCAAGAUUGCCUUGGCCCACGGUGUUCAGAUGAUUCAUCCUGGUUAUGGUUUCCUGUCUGAGAACUCUGAGUUUGCCCGUAAGGUCGAGGAAGCCGGUAUCAUCUUCAUCGGACCUUCCUGGAAAGUCAUCGAGUCUCUGGGAGAUAAAGUCUCGGCGAGACGUAUUGCCAUCAAAGCCAACGUCCCCGUCGUUCCCGGAACCGAAGGUCCUGUUGAAAAGUUCGAAGAAGUCAAGGCUUUCACCGACGAGUAUGGCUUCCCCAUCAUCAUCAAGGCAGCAUUCGGUGGUGGUGGACGUGGUAUGCGAGUCGUCCGAGAUCAAGAGUCUCUCAAGGACAACUUCGAGCGAGCUACCUCUGAGGCCAAGUCUGCCUUUGGCAACGGUACCGUCUUCGUCGAGCGCUUCCUUGAUAAGCCCAAGCACAUAGAAGUCCAGCUGCUUGGUGACAACCAGGGCAACGUGGUCCAUCUUUACGAGCGUGACUGCAGUGUCCAACGUCGCCAUCAGAAGGUCGUCGAAUUAGCCCCUGCAAAGGACUUGCCUGCCGAAACCAGAGAUGCCAUCCUGAACGAUGCAGUCAAAUUGGCCAAGUCGGUCAACUAUCGCAAUGCAGGUACCGCCGAGUUUUUGGUCGAUCAACAGAACCGAUAUUACUUUAUCGAGAUCAACCCCAGAAUUCAGGUCGAGCAUACAAUCACCGAAGAGAUCACCGGUAUCGAUAUUGUGGCAGCUCAAAUCCAAAUUGCUGCCGGUGCAACCCUCGAACAGCUGGGUUUGACUCAAGACCGUAUCUCUACUCGCGGUUUUGCGAUCCAGUGCCGAAUCACCACCGAGGACCCUGCCAAUGGCUUCUCCCCAGAUACUGGCAAGAUUGAGGUCUAUCGCUCAGCUGGUGGUAACGGAGUUCGUCUCGACGGUGGAAACGGUUUUGCCGGAGCCAUCAUCACCCCUCACUACGAUUCCAUGUUGGUCAAGUGCAGUUGCCAUGGAUCCACAUACGAGAUCGUCCGUCGCAAGAUGCUGCGAGCUCUAGUGGAAUUCAGAAUCCGCGGUGUCAAGACAAAUAUUCCGUUCUUAGCCUCCCUGCUCACCCACCCAACCUUUAUCGAAGGUACUUGCUGGACCACCUUCAUUGACGACACCCCAGAGCUCUUCAAACUGGUUGGCAGUCAAAACCGUGCCCAAAAGCUACUACAAUACCUGGGUGACCUCGCCGUCAACGGCAGUAGCAUCAAGGGUCAGAUUGGAGAGUCCAAAUUCAAGGGCGACAUCAUCUACCCGACUCUCCUUGAUCCUCAAGGUAACAAGUUGGACGUCUCCGCACCUUCCACCAAAGGCUGGAAGGCAAUUCUCGACAAGGAGGGCCCUGCAGGAUUUGCCAAAGCCAUUCGUGCAAACAAAGGCUGCCUUAUCAUGGACACAACUUGGCGUGAUGCUCACCAGUCGCUUCUGGCCACCCGUGUCCGAACUGUCGACCUCUGCAAUAUUGCUAAGGAAACCAGCCAUGCUCUGGAGAAUGCUUAUGCUCUCGAAUGCUGGGGAGGUGCCACCUUCGAUGUCGCCAUGCGGUUCUUGUAUGAGGAUCCUUGGGACAGACUGAGGAAGAUGAGGAAGCUAGUGCCCAACAUUCCCUUCCAGAUGUUGUUGCGUGGUGCCAACGGUGUCGCCUACAAGUCGUUGCCCGACAAUGCCAUCUACCAUUUCUGCAAGCAAGCCAAGAAGAAUGGCAUGGAUAUCUUCCGUGUCUUCGACGCACUCAACGACAUCGAUCAGCUCGAGGUGGGAAUGAAAGCUGUUCAGGAGGCCGGUGGUGUCGUCGAAGGAACAAUCUGCUACAGCGGUGACAUGCUGGUAUGUCUAUUCUUGUUCUGGCUUGCUCGUCCUGGACCUUGCCAUAUUCAUGCCCUCAACCCCGACACCUUCCCGCUCUCAUUUCCGUCUUUCCCAUCACCCCGCAACUGCUGUCAUUUCUUGGAACCCGCACUGACUGAUGGUCAACAGGACCCCAACACAAAAUACACCCUCCAGUACUAUCUCGACCUCGUGGACAAGAUCGUCAAAAUUGGAACCCACACAGUUGCUAUUAAGGAUAUGGCAGGUGUUCUGAAACCGAAAGCCGCUCGAAUCCUGGUCGGUGCCAUCCGAAAGGCCCACCCAGACCUUCCCAUCCAUGUACACACUCACGAUUCGGCCGGAACUGGUGUGGCAUCAAUGGUUGCUUGCGCCGAAGCAGGAGCAGAUGCAGUUGACGCUGCGACUGACAGCAUGUCUGGCAUGACUUCUCAGCCCAGCAUUGGCGCCAUUCUGGCUUCUUUGGAGGGAGGAGAGUUUGAUCUCGGCUUGGACGGCCACAACGUUCGUGCUCUUGACCAAUACUGGUCUCAACUUCGGCUGGUGUAUUCACCCUUCGAAGCAGGAUUGACUGGACCUGAUCCAGAGGUAUACGAACACGGCAUUCCUGGAGGUCAACUUACGAACUUGAUCUUCCAAGCUACCCAGCUCGGCCUCGGUUCGCAAUGGAUCGAGACCAAGAAGGCUUACAAGCAAGCCAACGAUUUGCUUGGAGACAUUGUCAAAGUCACGCCAACUUCCAAAGUCGUCGGCGAUCUGGCCCAGUUCAUGGUAUCAAACAAGCUGGACCACGACUCGGUGAUUGCCAAAGCCGCAGAGCUCGACUUCCCCGAGUCUGUGCUCGAAUUUCUUGAGGGCUACAUGGGUCAGCCUUAUGGUGGAUUCCCCGAGCCACUCCGCAGCCGAGCGCUCCGAGGACGCAGAAAGAUGGACAAGAGACCCGGUCUCUACUUGGAUCCUAUUGACUUUGCUGCAGUACGGAAGCAGCUCAAAGAAAAAUUCGACACCACUUCCGAGUCCGAUGUUGCCAGCUACGUCAUGUAUCCCAAGGUCUUUGAGGAUUACCGCAAAUUUGUGGACAAGUAUGGCGACCUGUCUGUGCUACCCACCAAAUUCUUCCUCAACAAACCUGAAAUCGGAGAAGAGUUCCAUGUCGAGCUCGAGAAGGGCAAGAUCCUGAUCCUCAAGCUCCUUGCUGUUGGUCCCUUGUCGGAAGCUACUGGACAGCGGGAAGUCUUUUACGAAGUCAAUGGUGAAGUUCGACAGGUGACAAUUGACGACAACAAGGCCGCAGUUGAGAAUACCAGUCGACCAAAGGCGGACCCCGGUGACAGCAGUCAGGUCGGAGCCCCGAUUGCCGGUGUAGUUGUCGAAGUGCGAUCAAAGGAAGGACACGAGGUCAAGAAGGGAGAUCCCGUGGCUGUGCUCAGCGCCAUGAAGAUGGAAAUGGUCAUCAGCGCACCUCAUUCUGGCAAGGUCGGUGAGAUCUUUGUCAAGGAAGGAGACUCUGUCGCUGCAUCAGAUCUGAUUGCCAAAAUUGCAAAAGCUUGAAAUGCUCGUGCUCACAAGAGCAAGGGACGGCGUCAAAACAGGGCCACGUAAUGAUGGAAAACAUGGCAUUGUAUCAUGCCGAGGGCGAUAGCUACGGGCGACUUGGUUACCUAUGUGUCAAAUGACUCUAAAGCCUUGCGAGGGCUGUAUGUUUUUGUCAAAUUGGGAUAGGAUUCUAGGCACAAAGAAUGAAAAUACCAUAUAACCGGAGAGAAUAAAUA